CUGCAGCUGAAUUCUGCAGAGGAGCUCUAUGCUGAGAUCCGAGAUAAGAACUUCAAUGCGGUGGGCUCUGUGCUCAGCAAGAAAGCAAAGAUCAUCUCUGCAGCAUUCAAGGAAAGACACAACGCAAAGACUGUGGGGGAGAUCAAGCAGUUUGUUUCCCAGUUGCCACACAUGCAGGCAGCAAGGGGCUCGCUGGCAAACCAUACCUCAAUUGCAGAAUUGAUCAAAGAUGUCACUACUUCUGAAGACUUCUUUGAUAAAUUAACCGUGGAACAGGAGUUUAUGUCUGGAAUAGACACCGAUAAGGUCAACAAUUACAUUGAGGAUUGUAUUGCCCAAAAGCACUCAUUGAUCAAGGUGUUAAGACUAGUUUGCCUCCAAUCCGUGUGUAAUAGUGGGCUCAAACAAAAAGUUUUGGAUUAUUACAAAAGAGAGAUUCUCCAGACGUACGGCUAUGAGCACAUAUUGACCUUACAUAACCUGGAGAAGGCUGGCCUGCUGAAACCACAGACAGGGGGCAGAAACAAUUACCCGACUAUUCGGAAAACAUUACGCCUCUGGAUGGAUGAUGUCAAUGAGCAGAACCCCACGGACAUAUCCUAUGUGUACAGCGGCUAUGCCCCGCUCAGCGUGCGGCUGGCUCAGCUGCUUUCCCGGCCUGGCUGGCGGAGCAUCGAGGAGGUCCUCCGCAUCCUCCCAGGGCCCCACUUUGAGGAGAGGCAGCCACUGCCCACAGGACUGCAGAAGAAACGUCAACCAGGAGAAAACCGAGUCACUCUGGUGUUUUUCCUCGGAGGCGUAACCUUUGCUGAAAUUGCUGCCCUGCGAUUUCUAUCCCAGUUGGAAGACGGAGGUACAGAAUAUGUCGUUGCCACCACUAAACUAAUGAAUGGAACCAGUUGGAUAGAGGCUCUGAUGGAAAAACCUUUCUAGGGUGUUCAGAAGAGACCUAACAAGUGUACUGCAGAGUAAACUGCCCCAUUGAAGAAGUUGCUGAAAGGAAUUAAAACCCCAUGGAAGAAACAUGGGAUUACAG